UAGUAGGGUGAAAGCACAAAAGAGGCCCGUCUAUCGAGCCCCAAAAUGAAAGAGCCCUGAUUUUCGUCUUCCGGAUCGCCAUAGAAGGCCCAAAAAGUUGGCGCCAAACUCACUCAUCUUUCUUCCCCAAAUCUCUCUCUCUCUCUCUCUCUCUCCCUCCCCGUGCUCUGAUUUUCCGACGGUCGAAGAAUGCAGCGGCAGAAGUCUAUAUUGUCCUUCCUCCAAAGACGUUUGCCGGAAAGCCAGAAAUCAGACGGAGACAUGCUUGAAGACCGGCGCGAACCUCAUUUUCCGGGGAAGCAAGAGAAUCGGAACGCUGUGGCUUUCGGCCAACCUACCGCUUCUUCAGCAGUGGACUCCUCUUGCGGAAUCGGAGGAAUAGAAACCCCGCCGGAGAAAGUGCCACGUCAGAUUUUUCCGGUGGUGAAUGACGACAUGGAGAGGCCUUUUACUUUCGCUAGCAUUAAGCACAGGUUCGUGAAGUUCGAUGACAGAGAGAAAUCUUGUGAUAGGAAGCUAGAAAAUGAUGGUUUUGUCAAAAUUUUCCCAACCACUAAUAAAUUAGGUAACCUGCGAAGGUUGCCUAAUGAAGAUUCUGCCUCUGAACAUUCGAGGAAGGGAAAUAUUGUCAGUUCCAAUGGAACAGAUUACCAAAAGAAUAAGGGCUGUCCAGUGUUUGUAGAAAAUGAUGAUGAUAUUCUUGGGCCAGAAACACCAGGUAUGCGGCCGCUUGUACCACGUUAUAAGAGGAUUCAAGAGGACAGUUACAAGUUUGAGGGUAGCAUUGGUUGCUCUGUGCUUGAUUCUAGCAAACGGGUGAAACUACUUAAAGAUUCAAAGGCUGGAGAAAGAAACCAUGAAGUGCUAUCUGAUAUGACUAGUAAGUUUGAAUGGCUUGAUCCAUCUCGGAUCAGGGAUGCUAAUGGAAGAAGGCCUGGUGAUGCCCUAUAUGACAAGAGGACACUAUUUAUACCUUCUGAUGCUGUGAAAAAAAUGUCAGCAUCUCAAAGGCAGUACUGGAAUGUGAAGUCUCAAUAUAUGGAUAUUGUGCUUUUCUUCAAAGUGGGAAAAUUUUAUGAACUCUAUGAACUAGAUGCUGAAAUUGGGCAUAAGGAGCUUGAUUGGAAAAUGACCUUUAGUGGUGUGGGAAAAUGUCGACAGGUUGGCAUCUCUGAGAGUGGGGUUGAUGAUGCGGUUCAAAAGUUGAUUGCUCGCGGGUAUAAAGUCGGGCGAAUGGAGCAGUUGGAAACAUCUGAGCAAGCAAAAGCCAGAGGAGGUGCUACUUCUGUAAUCCAAAGAAAAUUAGUUCAGGUACUAACACCAUCAAUCACAACUGAUGGCAACCUUGGGCCUGAUUCUGUUCACCUUCUCGCAAUAAAAGAGGGGAACUGUGAACUUAAUAAUGGUUCAACUGCAUAUGGCUUUGCUUUUGUUGACUGUGCUGCUUUAAAAUUUUGGGUUGGUUCCAUUAGUGAUGAUGCUUCCUGUGCAGCAUUGGGGGCAUUGUUGAUGCAAGUGUCACCUAAGGAAGUAAUAUAUGAAAGUCCAGGGAUGUCCAGAGAAGCUCAAAAGGCACUCAAAAAGUACACACUAACUGGAUCCGCUGCUUCACAACUCACUCCUGUACAGCCAGCUGUUGAUUUUAUAGAUUCUUCUGAAGUUAGAAAUUUUAUUCAGUCAAAAAGAUACUUCAAAGGGUGUAGUGAUACGUACAAUUGUUUUCUUGAUGGCAUUAUGCACCCGGCUCUUGCAUUAUGUGCACUUGGUGGACUCAUUAGUCAUCUAUCCAGGUUGAUGUCAGAUGAUGUUUUACGUAAUGGAGAUCUUCAACCAUACCAAGUCUAUAGGGGUUGCCUCAGAAUUGAUGGGCAGACAUUGGUUAAUCUUGAGAUAUUCAAUAAUAAUGCUGAUGGUGGUCCAUCAGGUACACUCUAUGGUUAUCUUAAUAACUGUAUAACGUCAUCUGGAAAGCGACUUUUAAAGAAAUGGAUCUGUCAUCCACUGAAUGAUGUAGAUAAAAUCAACUGUAGGCUUAAUGUGGUUGAGGAACUCAUGGCACAUUCCGAAGUUAUGCUGCUAGUUGCUCAAUAUCUUCGCAAGCUUCCAGAUUUGGAAAGAUUGCUAGGACGAGUUAAAGCUAGCUUUCAGUCAUAUAAUUUACUUGUACUGCCUUUGAUUGGAGCAAAAGUUCUAAAACAGCGAGUGAAAGCAUUUGGUUCUCUCAUUAAAGGCCUACGUGUUGGAAUGGAUCUAUUGAUACUUCUGCAGAAUGAGAGGCAAAUUAUGUUAUCGUUCUCUAAAGUUCUAAAACUUCCAGCACUAAGUGGUAAUGAUGGGCUUGAUAAAUUCCUUACUCAAUUCGAAGCAGCUGUAGAAAGUGAUUUCCCCAACUACCAGGACCAUAAUGUGAAGGACUCGGAUGAUGAAAUACUCUCAAUUCUGACUGAGUUAUUUAUUGAGAAAGCUCAUGAAUGGGCUGAACUUAUCCAAGCCAUAGAUUGCAUUGAUGUCCUAAGAUCUUUUGCAAUCACUGUACAUUCUGCAUGUGGGGCAAUGUCCAAACCUGUCAUUUUACCUUGCUCUAACUCUUCUAGUUCUAUUUCUUCCCAAAUAACUAGAGGACCCAUUCUUAAAAUCAAAGGGCUAUGGCAUCCUUAUGCCCUUGGCGAUAAUGGAGAGUUGCCUGUUCCAAAUGAUGUAAACCUUGGAGAGGACACAGAUGGUUAUCACCCCCGAACUUUACUGUUGACUGGACCAAAUAUGGGUGGCAAAUCUACUCUUCUACGUGCUACUUGUCUAGCUGUUAUACUGGCGCAGCUAGGCUCUUAUGUGCCCUGUGAGAUGUGUGUUCUUUCACUUGUGGAUAUCAUUUUCACAAGGCUCGGCGCCACUGACCGAAUCAUGACAGGCGAGAGUACCUUCUUUAUUGAGUGCGCAGAAACUGCAUCAGUUCUUCAAAAUGCUACACAAGAUUCUCUGGUUCUUCUUGAUGAAUUAGGGCGAGGAACAAGCACUUUUGAUGGAUAUGCCAUUGCUUAUGCUGUAUUUCGUCAUCUAAUUGAGAAGGUCCACUGUCGAUUAUUGUUUGCUACACAUUAUCACCCACUGACAAAGGAGUUCGCUUGUCACCCUCAUGUUACAUUGCAACACAUGGCCUGCACUUUCAAGUUAAAUUUCGAGACCCCAUCUCAAGGCGCGAAGGAGUUGGUUUUCCUGUACAGGUUAGCCUCUGGAGCAUGCCCGGAGAGCUAUGGAAUGCAAGUGGCACUAAUGGCCGGGAUCCCAAAACAGGUGGUUGAUGCUGCAUCUAGGGCUGGGGAAGCAAUGAAAGAACGGAUUGGAGAAACCUUCAAGUCCAGUGAACAGAGAUCUGAAUUCUCGUCUCUCCACGAAGAGUGGUUGAAGGCCCUCUUGACUAUCUCAGGGACACGAGAACAGAAUGUUGACUGCAUCGAUGCAUUCGACACGUUGUUUUGCUUGUGGCAUGAACUGAGAAGCUCGUAUCAACCUGGCAAAUAAGCUGAAUGUAAGAUUGGAAACGGUGGCAACUGUACUAGAAAUAUUUGACGUAGUUGUAACAUGUUGUCUUUUUGUGGAAGAGAAUCCAACAGGAGCUCCCUUAUUUUGUACAUCUUGCUGUAUAGAAGUGCUUAAUUUAGUAUUUUACAAAUUGUAUGCGAAUGCUAUGUAGCUUACAUUUUCCUUAUAGAUCGGUUUGCUAAAAUAUUUUGAAAAUA